AUGGGUUCAAGCAUAUCAGACGUUCUCCAGUUGUUUCCAAAGGGAACGAUCAUACCCCCGUGUUCACAAUUUCAAAUUGGAAAUUCGGAUUACAUACGAGAAUGUCCUCCGACGUCGAAUUUUCAAGGGUGUUUAACGCAAACCAACGGAACGCAAGUGACCAAAACGUGUUCGCAAGUCGCCAUAGAAGAUUGCAAAACGGCAAACAAGAUAAAAUAUUGUUAUUGCAAGGGCGAUCUAUGCAACAGAGAAAUCGUACCCACCGAGGCAACCAUUACUUCAUUCGAAACGGAAGCGGAAGACGAUGAAGAUUCUAUGAUGAUGGAAGGAAGUGGUUCGUUGGAAGAAGAAUUCGAAAACAAACGUUUGGAAACGUCUUCGGAAGGUGAUGUCGGAAUAGAAGUCAUACGUAAACAGUUACCGACCACAACAAAAUCAGUCACGCUAACGACAUCUCGCACGGAAAACGAGAAAAACGCAAGCGGAAACGGAAAUACUACGGCUCAACCCAUAAUUUUCCUUUAUUUAAUUUCAUUUUUGUUAUUCGCAUCACUUGUUUAA